CGGCGGAUAGCGCUGCAUAAGUUACUCCCGGUGUGUAUGUCAUCAGUAGGAGCCCGGCGGGAAGUUUGUGACAGCUGAGCUCGCCGUGUGUGCGGCUAUCAUGGACAGAAGGACGCUUGAGGAUAUGACUUCUCCAGUCAUUAGAGAAGCUGAGAUUUCCAGGGCUGCCAGGCGACAAAGCUCCAAUCAGAGGGCAUCUGCUGACGAGACCUGGAGUGGGAGUAAGGCAGUAAGAGGCCACACUGCUCAAAGGACUCCUGGAUCUCUUCUCCGACAGCAAAUGACUCCACAGCCCUGGAACACAAGGCCUCCAGAUGUUUCUGCGAUAAUUGGGUCAGCAGGAAGAUCACCACACUUAAUGCAGACUCCUGGGCGCCUCAGGGACAUUUCCGUGCUCUCCAAUAUGGAUGAUGGUGCAUAUACAGCCGCCUUUUCCCCUCAGUGGGCAGGAGGUUUUACCUCUUUUGAUUCACCCAGUUUCACUGAAGACAUCACACUCAGUGCAGUCAUGAUGCGAGAGGAAGAUCCAGGAGAAAGUGCUACAAUGAGUCUCUAUCAGGAAUUCCUUAAUUCAUUCCAGAAGUUUCCUUCCAGUGAAGUGUUUGACCUUAUAGGAGAUUAUGAAUCUAUGUGCCACGAACAGGUCAAUUUACUAAAAAAAAUUGUCAACCGUGUCACUCCAGGACAGCAGAAGUUUUCCAAAACUGCCAGUGUCUUAUGGCUACUUCGGCAGGAAAUGGUGACAUGGAGGCUGAUUGCAUCUCUCUACAGAGAUCGGAUACAGUCUGCGUUAGAAGAUGAAAACAUGUUUGAGGUUGCGGCACCAAAUGCCAGUGAGAAAAUGAUCAUGGACAAAUUGUUUGAGCGGGAUUCACUUGUGCGUCAGAGCCAGCUGGUAGUAGAUUGGCUGGAAAGCAUUGCCAAGGAUGAUGUUGGAGACUUCUCUGAAAACAUUGAGUUUUAUGCUAAAGCAGUAUACUGGGAAAAUACUCUACACGCAUUGAAACAGAGAGGUUUUUCAGCAUUAGGCAGCAGUCGGCCAUUGGUCUCUGAACUGGAUCCUGAUGCUCCUAUUAGACAGAAACUUCCCUUAGAUGAUCUUGAUCGUGAAGAUGAUAUCAGACUGCUGAAAUACCUUUUUGCAUUGAUCAGAGCUGGAAUGACUGAUGAGGCACAACGCUUAUGUAAGAGAUGUGGGCAGGCCUGGAGAGCAGCAACUCUGGAAGGAUGGAAACUUUAUCAUGACCCUAAUAUAAAUGGAGGUGGUGAGUUGCAGCCAGUACAGGGUAACCCACAUCGCUGUGUCUGGAAGGCUUGCUGCUGGCGUAUGGCAGAUGAUGAGCAGUUCAGCAGAUAUGAAAGAGCGAUCUAUGCCACGCUGAGUGGGAAUCUUAAGCAGCUCCUUCCUGUAUGUGAAACUUGGGAAGAUACAGUUUGGGCUUAUUUCCGGGUGAUGGUGGACAGUCUGGUUGAGCAGGAGAUCAAAGCCUCAUUUAUUUUCUCUAGUGAAGAUGAUGAGCUGCCCAGAGAAUACUUGGAAGCAAACUGGACUUUAGAGAGUGUCUUUGAGGAGCUUCAGGCUACUGAUAAAACGAGGGUGCUGGAAGAAAAUAAAGAACACUAUCAUAUAAUUCAGAAGUUUAUAAUCCUUGGGGACGUAGAUGGUUUAAUGGAGGAGUUCAGCGAAUGGUUAUCGAAAAAGAAAUCUUUGCUUCUUGGUCACUUACUGCGUUUCAUGACCCACCUCAUAUUAUUUUUCCGAACGCUAGGACUGCAAACUAAGGAAGAAGUGUCUGUGGAAGUGUUAAAGACCUACAUACAGAGACUUGUGAAAGAGAAGCACAUUACUUUGAUUGCUUUCUAUGUCAGCCAUCUGCCACAAGACCUGGGUAUCUCUCAGUAUGCAGAGUUUCUGGAGAACGUGACUGAAGCAGAACAGCGACAUCAGUGUCUGGAGCUCGCUAAGGAAGCAGGGUUGGAUAUUGCAGCAAUAACGAAGACUGUGGUUGAAAAUAUACGAAGAAGAGAUGGUGGUGAAUUAGCUCCUCAUGACAUUGUACCAGCUAUGGAUUCUGCCAUUAAUGAGGAGGACCGUGCAAGGAUUGACGUGAUAGACUGGCUGGUGUUUGAUCCUGCACAGAGGGCUGAAGCUCUAAAGCAGAGCAAUGCUAUUAUAAGGACAUUUCUGGAAUCAAAGAAACACGAUGCUGCAAAAGAAGUUUUUGCCAAAAUCCCCCAAGACUCAAUAGCAGAAAUCUACAGUCAGUGGGAAGAGCAAGGGAUGGACAGCGCACUGCCAGCGGAGGAUGACAAUGCUAUACGGGAGCAUCUGUGCAUAAGAGCUUAUUUGGAAGCGCAUGAAGCAUUCAGUGAGUGGUUCAAGCACAUGAAUUCUCCUCCUCAGAAGCCAGUGCUGGUGGAGAAUGCAACCUUCACUGAGAAAGUGGCUUAUGAACACAAGGAAAAGAAAUAUGAGAUGGAUUAUGGCACUUGGAAAAAUCAUCUAGAUGUGUUAACUGUUGAUGUGAAAGAGAAAAUUUAUAAUGUUUUGUUAUUUGUCGAUGGAGGCUGGAUGGUGGAUGUCAGAGAUGAUGCAGAGGAGGAUACAGAACGUAAGCAGCAGAUGGAACGACUACGGAGUCUCUGUUUGCCAAUGAUGUGCUUCUUGCUGCACACGGUGCUGCAUAACACUAAGCAAUACCAGGAUUGUCUUCGGCUGGCUGAUGUGAUCUCCUCUGAAAACCAAAAGUUAUACAAGGUGUUUUCAAAGUCAGAACUGAAGAAGGUGCUGCAGAAGCUGAGAGAGUCGUCUCUUAUGCUGUUAGACAUGCAGCUAGAUCCUUUAGGUUAUGACGUCCAGCCCUAAUGUCACUGCUGCGUGUGAGAAUAUGAUCUGCUCUUCUUACAAAACUAUUCAUUACAAACGUGUCUGGAUUUGGCUGUAACCUCAAAGAAAAAAAACUGUUUGUACUUUUUCAUAUUAAAAAAAACAAACUGAAAAUGCUCAAUAAAAAAAAAAUCAUUCUUUUGUAUUGUGUAAAUAAAUAGUUUUAAAAUAAUGGCUGCUUUGAUAAUAAAGUAAUAAAGCAUU